AUGUAUUUUAAAAUUAUUUUUUCCAUCACCAUUAUUGUUUUGAUUAAAUUUUGUUGUAUAAAUGGCCAAGUUGCACUUGGAGGGCAACAAUCAGAUCGAACACAGCAAGAAUUGGCUCUUCUUGGUUGGACUAGUGGUGUUCGAAUGGCUUAUUGUCAACAAAUUGCUGUUAUUGACUUGGUUGAUCCAUUUAGAGAGGCAAUAGCUCGAAUGCUGAAUAGACAUUGUCGAACACCGACAGUUUGUGGAAUUAAAAAAAGGCUUUCCACGGCGUGA